AUGGCCUUCGAUAAGAUCAAAGUCGUUAAUCCGAUCGUUGAGAUGGACGGUGAUGAAAUGACUCGUGUGAUCUGGAAAUCUAUAAAAGAAAAGCUUAUCCUUCCUUUCUUGGAGCUAGAUAUAAAGUAUUUUGAUCUCGGUCUUUUCCAUCGUGAUGCCACUAAUGAUAAGGUUACGAUAGAAAGCGCAGAAGCUACACUUAAGUAUCAUUCUGUAAUAUAUUUCAAUGUUUUAUCUACCUUUUUUUUUGUUGGAAUAGAUGAGGCCCGAGUUAAAGAAUUCAACCUGAAACAGAUGUGGAAGAGCCCAAACGGAACAAUUCGGAACAUCUUAAAUGGGACUGUAUUUAGAGAACCAAUCAUAUGUAAAAAUGUUCCCCGGCUUGUUCCAGGUUGGACCAAACCAAUAUGCAUCGGCAGACAUGCUUUUGGUGAUCAAUACCGAGCUACAGAUUUAGUUGUUCAAGGAGCUGGGAAACUUAAAAUGGUGUUUGUACCAAAUAGAGCAGAUGAGAGCAUAGAACUGCAGGUGUUCGAUUUUACGGGGGCUGGAGGUGUAGCUUUAUCAAUGUAUAACACCGAUGAGUCUAUCCGUGCUUUUGCAGAGGCUUCAAUGAACACGGCUUACCAAAAAAGGUGGCCACUGUAUCUUAGCACGAAAAAUACGAUUUUAAAAAAGUACGAUGGAAGAUUCAAGGAAAUUUUUCAAGAAGUGUAUGAAAGAGAAUGGAGAUCCAAGUUUGAGGCUGCUGGGAUAUGGUAUGAACAUCGUCUUAUUGAUGAUAUGGUUGCUUAUGCUCUAAAGAGUGAAGGAGGUUAUGUGUGGGCUUGCAAAAAUUAUGAUGGAGAUGUUCAAAGUGAUUUUUUAGCCCAAGGAUUUGGGUCUUUGGGUCUGAUGACAUCAGUACUAGUUUGUCCCGAUGGAAAAACAAUCGAGGCCGAGGCAGCACAUGGCACGGUAACACGUCAUUACCGUGUUCAUCAAAAAGGUGGCGAGACGAGCACUAACAGCAUAGCCUCAAUCUUUGCCUGGUCUCGGGGGCUUGCACAUAGAGCAAAGUUGGACAACAAUUCAAGACUCCUGGAUUUCACUGAGAAGCUCGAAACUGCCUGCAUUAAAACUGUUGAGUCUGGAAAGAUGACUAAGGAUCUUGCUAUUCUUGUUCAUGGACCUAAGGUGACCAGAGAUCGGUAUCUAAAUACCGAAGAGUUCAUUGAUGCCAUUGCUGCAGAACUGAGAAAUAGACUGCCAAAACAGGCGAAACUAUAA